UAUUAUAGGCAUUUUUCACUGUUGAAUAAAAUUGUGUCAUUGUGUCGUAUGAACAAAUCUGCAUGAAUACUACAUUAUAGGCAUUUGUCACUGUUGAAUAAAAUUGUGUCAUUGUGUCGUAUGAACAAAUCUGCAUGUAAACUACAUUUGGACUCAAAUCGUACAUCAAAUCAUUUCUGUCUUCAGUUGUCAAAACACCUAUAUACUGUUUGAUUCCAAUAAUGUCGCUUUAAUGGAAUUACCAUUUGUAUUCAUUUGCUUCUUAAUAUUAAAUCACGUAAACUUGUUUUAUUAGUAAUACAGCCCGAUUAAUAUUUUUAUUUAGUACUGCCCUUGGAAUUUGUUCACGUCAUUAUGCCAUUAUGGAUUUUUGUGACGUCAUACGACCGACUUUCCCAGUUGUAAUCUACAUGCAUAGGUCAUUGGGUUUAUAACGUUCCAUUUUAUUUAUAUUUUCUCUCUGAUAGGCGUUUCUUGUUUGAUUUAAUUAUUUUUAAUUUGUUUAGCAGUCACAUAAACAACCAAGCUAUGUAAUAUGGAAUUUUUACACCCAUUAUUGCUGCUUCUUCCUGUAUUUGCGCGAUGAUUAUCUGAGAUAUUAACUCUAUGAUUCUACAUUCUCAAAUCUUUUCUAUAAAGAAGGAAUGUAGUUGACAAUUGUUAAUAGUUUUAUUUGAUCGUUCGUCAAAAAGUUGUAAUUCUGUUACUCUUGUAUCUUCAAUGCAAUUGAGUAAUUAAAUAGUAAUUAAAUUGAAUGCGUUUUAAUUCCCUUUUAUUAUUGUUUAAUUAGAGUUACAAUGCUAUGACGUUAAAUUUUAUUUACACUUGAAUGUAUUAUGAAUAUUGCUGGGCCAAGUGUGAGGUUGAGCGCUCUAUAACCAGGUUUAAACCCCCAAUGCUUUGCAUUGACCGUUCCAAGGCGGUGACCCCAGCUUUAUUCAUAUUUUGUGUUUAUGUUGGUUUGUAUUGUGCUGUAUUGUGCUGUUUUGUACUGUUUGGGCAAUCGGUCACUUGCCUUAAAUAAAGGACCAACUAAUUGUUUUUAAUGAAAAUUCAAUACUGCUCCAGCAGCUGGAGUUUCACUUCUUUAUAUUGCAUUGCACAACAGUUUGAUGUGUGCUGCGUGGAUGCAGUAGCGUGUAUCCCCGUACAUAUCUUCGAUGUUGUUAUAUUUUCAGCCUUCAGAGGCUGGUAGCGGUAUUGUGUUUUUAUUAUUUUUUAAGAAACCUUGUUUAAGACCUUUCUUAUACUUAGAUUCUUAUACAUUCUCUGUACUUAUAAAGUAAACGUGUAUGUUCAUCAAUUGAGAGUUCUGCAGGUUAUACUGAAUUUUUACAGACCAUUAUCUGACAAGCUGCCUCUUACUCUUUUAUGUAUGUUGACUUGGCAAUGUGUAUUAAUGUGAUUAUAAGAUUGGUGGUUUCGCCAAAUAAAUAACCUAUGGACAGAUUGAUUACAAAAAACCCGAAAGUUGUUCUCUCACCAUUGAGAAUUCCGAUUACACGUAGUAUUCAUUUGCCGUUAAAUUAUAGACAAUUACUUUUUUCUAAACCUACAGUCAAAUUAAGUUUACUUCGAACAUCUUUCAUUGGAGGUACAAUGCGGCUGGGUUCUAGUUCGCAGCGUAAUUUAGCUCCGUGUAAUCGGUAUCCUACAAUAAAUAAGUGCAACUCCAGGAAGUGUUUAUGUUGCAAGUUUUUAAAUAUGUCCUCUUUUAUUCUUUCAUCGGUUAAUAACCGCAAAUUUUCAGUUAAUAUUAAAUCCGAUGUCUCAUGAAAUUCUAUGCAUGUGGUUUAUGUUAUUACUUGAAAUGUACCCUGUUGUGGUGCGCAAUACGUUGGGCAGACGGGUAGAUCACUUAAAACACGUUUUAGGGAACAUUUUUUUAAAAUUAAAAAUAACAAUAAAUUUUAUAACUUCAUUUACCAGCACUUUAAUAAAACAGGUCAUAGCGUAACUAAUAUUUCAAUUCAACCUGUGGAGCAACUUAUUUUUAAUAAUAGUACUUCAAGUCAGUGCCAAUUAAAAGCAAGGUGCAUGUCAGAAUUUGAAUGGAUUAAACGUUUGCAAUCAGCUUACCCACUUGGAUUAAAUGAUAAUAUUCUAAAUGUUGGAACAAUUUCUAAAAAUAAAUCGAUUAAUUCAUUUUCUCUGUUUAGUAAACGUCUAAGAAAUAAACGUUCACAUGGCAUUAGGAAAAAUGGUAACUUAAGGCGUAAAUUUAAACGUCUGCUUUCUUUAAAUGAUUGCUACACAGUAUUACAAAAUGGGGGUAAACAUAAAUUACUAAGUGCACUUUGCUCUCUUUCUGUUUCUUCGUUGGCGCAUAUUGAUAAGGAAUGUAAACUUAUUUUACUUCAAUCUGACCCUCUAUAUGAAUGUGCUUGUAUUAUUGAAUCUUUCACUGACUACUAUCUUAAACCUUUUAUUGAAAAUGUACUUAACAAAACUAGAAAUCGUAUCAAAAUUGAGUUUUGUAACAAAGGUCUUGAUUUAAUUGACCUUCCUAAAAUAUUCAAUGAUAAAAAUGUACGUCGGUUGAUUCCCCCUUAUUUCCGCAAUACUGAAUCACCACUUAUUUGCUACAAAUAUAGUAAACCUGUAAGAAGUAUCGUUUUUAAUUAUAAUUCUAUUUCCACAGAUUUAAAUGUAAUAAGAAAUUGUCCUACAUUAUGUGACUGUACUAGUUCUAAAUAUAUAUAUGGUCCAGUUGGACAUGUUAUUACUGGGGACCUUAAUUUCAUUCAAAAUAAAAACCUUAGAAAUUUGCUACGCAGAGGCCCUAAGUACAGACUGCCUAUUCCUGUUGAUUUUGAUGACUGCAUUAAGAAUAUCGUAACUUCCUUACAUGAUUAUUGCACUAAAUGGUGCAGGAAGGAAAAUGCUGAAAUUACUGCACUCAAUGAUUGGAAAACAAAAAUAUUUAGUAUGGCCAUGAAUAAAAUAUGUUUUUAUGAUACACAUCCUUUGGCCCUACCACAUUCACCUAAAUUUAAUAAACAAAAUCUCUGUAAAUUGCUUGAAGACUUAAAAUCUAAAUUCGUCUUAGUUCCUGCUGAUAAGGCUGCUAAUAAUGUUAUCAUAAUAUGACGAGUGUUUUAUGUUCAAACUAUUUCACAAGAACUUUCACAAACUACAUCAUAUUGUGAGUACAAUAAGCUACCUAAUGAAAUUAUUACCGACCAUAUUGCCCAAUGCAUAAAGUUAAAUGUAAUAGUCAAUAUUACUGACAAGAAAUUGCCAUCACUUUACUGGAUACCUAAAUUACAUAAGACGCCAUAUAAAAGUCGUUUUAUCGCUAAUUCAGUGUCUUGUACCACCAAACAAUUAUCAGUGUAUCUUACAUCUGCAUUGAGUGCUAUUAGAUAUCAUAUAGCUAAAUUGUGUAAUAAAGUUUAUGAAAAUAGUAAUAUUAACCUAUUUUGGUCAAUAAAAAACACCUUAGAAGUUAUUGAUAAAAUUGAAAAUAAAAAAUAUAAGGUGUCGCAGGUAAGUACUUAUGAUUUUUCGACACUAUAUACAACGCUUCCUCACGCUUUAAUAAAAUCCAAACUUGUUUCUUUGAUUGAAAAAACUUUUGCUAGAGAGAAAUGUUUGUAUCUAGCUUUAAACACUAAAACAGCUUUUUUUACUAAUCAGAUAUUAGAUAAUUACAUCAUUUGGACUGGUCUUGACUUUUGUGCAGCACUUACUUUUCUUUUGGAUAACUUGUUUGUUGAAUUUAAUGGUAAAAUAUUUAAACAAAUUAUUGGCGUUCCUAUGGGUACUAAUUGUGCGCCACUUAUAGCUGACCUUUUUUUAUAUUGUUAUGAAAGCGAAUUUA